AGGCCGGGCGGAGCCGCGGGCUGAGCGGGGAGCUCGCCGAGGGGACGUCCUCGCCGCUUGCUUGCCGCCAGCCGGGGGCUCUCCUACCUCGCCAUGCCGCCGUGGAGCGCCGCCCUCGCCCUGCUCCUGGCCGCGCUCGCCCUGCUUGGCCUGCUGGCCCCUCGGCUGCAGCGCGCCGUCGGAGUGAGGACCCUGCCAGGGACCCGGGGCCAGGGCCACAAGGAGGAGGUGGACCGCGGAGGCCCAGUGGACCAGUUCAGCGACGGGCGUGAGCCGCUCCCAGGCGGGUGCAGGCUCAUCUGUAAGCCGUCGGCGCUGGCCCAGUGCCUGCUGCGUGCCUUGCGGCGCUCUGCAGCGCUGGAGCUGGGUCCGCGCUCGUGGCUCUCCGGGCCCCACCUGCAGACCCUCUGCCACUUCGUGCUGCCGGUGGGGCCGGGGCCUGAGCUGGCCCGGGAGUACCUGCAGUUGGCGGACGACGGGCUGGUAGCCCUGGACUGGGUGGUGGGACCUUGCCCCCGGGGCCGCCGGGUAACCAACGCCAGGGGCCUCCCGGCGGUGCUCCUGGUGAUCCCCAAUGCCUGGGGGCGCCUCACCCGCAACGUGCUUGGCCUCUGCCUGCUGGCCCUGGAGCGCGGCUACUACCCGGUCAUCUUCCACCGUCGCGGCCACCACGGCUGCCCGCUGGUCAGCCCCCGACUGCAACCUUUCGGGGACCCGUCCGACCUCAAAGAGGCCAUCACUUACAUCCGCUUCCGACACCCCGCAGCCCCGCUGUUCGCAGUGAGCGAGGGCUCAGGCUCGGCGCUGCUGCUGUCCUACCUGGGCGAGUGUGGCUCCUCCAGCUACGUGACUGGCGCUGCCUGUAUCUCGCCGGUGCUUCGCUGCCGCGAGUGGUUUGAGGCUGGCCUGCCCUGGCCCUACGAGCGGGGCUUUCUGCUUCACCAGAAGAUUGCCCUCAGCAGGUAUGCCACGGCCCUGGAGGACAUGGUGGACACCGGAAAACUGUUCAGGAGCCGCUCCCUGCAAGAGUUUGAGGAGACCCUCUUCUGCCACACCAAGAGUUUCCCCAUCAGCUGGGACACCUACUGGGAACACAACGACCCACUCCGGGAUGUGGACGAGGCGGCUGUACCCGUACUGUGCAUCUGUAGCGCUGAUGACCCUGUGUGUGGGCCCCCAAACCGCUUUCUGCCAACUGAACUUUUUCACAGCAACCCCUACUUCUUCCUCCUGCUCAGCCGCCACGGAGGCCACUGUGGCUUCCUGCGCCAGGAGCCCUUGCCAGCCUGGAGCCACGAGGUCAUCUUGGAGUAUUUCCGGGCCUUGACUGAGUUCUUCCGAACGGAAGAGAGGAUGAAAGGGCUGAGUAGGCACCGAGCUUCAUUCCUCGUGGGCCGGCGUCGCUGGGGAACCCUGCCGAAGCGGGAGGUCUCUCCCUCUUCCAAUCUGGAGGAGAUCUUUAGCUGGAAGAGAUCAUAUACAAGGUGAGACCUGAGAGCCCCCCAGCCCUGCAGGGAAGAACAGAGCUGGGCAUGACCGAGUCCUGAAAAGGUGCAAAGGACUGAAUGGGGCAGGCAGUUCCAGCUCUUUGCCCCCGACGCAGUCCCUUCCCUCCUACACUGGUCUGUAGAAAGAGACGGAACUUCCAGCAAGCUGGCAUUCACUUUCCCCUGAGCGGAACGCCUGCCCAGGCCCUGCUCUACACAUUCCAGCUCAUCCUGCUUCAGCCGCUGGACGUUCCCUGUCACUGUCCCCUGUCAUCAACUUCAUAAGCCAAAGAAGAGCACCGCUUAAGUUCCUGGACUCAAGAGAAAAUGCUCAUGCUCUAGCAAUGAUGCAGAGAUGAUGAGUUUUUGUGAGCCAUCGGGCAGGUCUGUCCCACCUCAGUAAUCAGCUCUGUGACCCCGCUUUUUAAGCUGGAGCCACUUGAUGUGGUGAGGACAGGAUGUUUGUGUCUUGGUCCCACUUCUCUCGUUUUUUUCUGCGGUUGUGGCCCUCAGCUUAUUUCAGGUGGGGGCAGCUGUGGAAGUGGCUCACAGAGCUGUGUGGCUGCAUCUGUCAGGCGUGAAUGUGAGAAAGGCACAAAGGCAGUAAGUGCCGUUCUGAGACUGGGCGGGGAGGGCGACAAGGUACAGAGUAUGAGUGCCUGUGUCUGGAACACUAAGGUCCAGUCUUUCACACGAGUUUGUCAAGUUCUGCCUGGGAAUGCAGCUAAUCUGGGGCUUCAGCCUGGGACCCCAAGACUCACUGGAGAGAUCGCAAGGAUGACUUUAGUAACAGGUAGUCCCUGCACUCAGGGUCUGCUUGCCCAUGACUUAAAGAGCCAGACUCUCAGGCACACCAGCUGCUCCUUCCAGUACUAUUUUGAUUACUCCAGGGAGUUCUAGCGAGAGCUGUUUUUCUCCUGAGAUGUGGUAAAAGUAUAUAUAUAUAAAAAGCAUAAACCUUGGA